CAGGCACAGGCACAGGCCCGGGCCGGGGCGCGGCGGUGGCAGAAGCGGGCGGACAGCGGGCACCAUGCAGCUCCUGCCCAGCCUCUCCCCCGUCACCUGGCUGCUCCUCAUCGCCUUCCUGUGCCUCGUGGCCCUCUAUGGGAUAUGGCCCUACAGGACCUUCAAGAAGCUGGGCAUUCCUGGCCCACGGCCUCUGCCAUUUGUGGGAACUUUCCUGGAGUACCAGCACGGAAUCCACAAUUUUGAUCUGAAAUGCUUUGAAAAGUAUGGAAAAAUCUGGGGGUUUUAUGAUGGCAGGCAGCCUGUGCUGGCUGUUUUGGACCCCAUCCUCAUCAAAAACGUCCUGGUGAAAGAGUGCUACGACCUUUUUACUAAUCGCCGGAACUUUCGUCUGAACGGGAUCCUGGAGUCGGCCCUCAACGUGGCUGAAGACGAGCAGUGGAAAAGGAUUCGUACGGUGCUGUCUCCAACCUUCACCAGUGGGAAGCUGAAGGAGAUGUUUCAUGUCAUUAAUCACUAUGGUGAAAAAUUAGUGGAAAGCAUUGAGAAGAAAGUGGCUAAUGAUGAAUUCGUGACUGCGAAGGACAUUUUUGGAGCUUACAGCAUGGAUGUGGUGACCAGCACUUCUUUCAGUGUCAAUGUUGACUCCAUGAACAACCCCAAUGACCCCUUUGUCACCAACAUUAGGAAAUUUCUCCAAUUCAGUUUCCUGAGUCCUGUGUUCUUACUCUUAGUGUUGUUCCCCUUUGUUGCCCCUGUGCUGGAAAAGUUGAAGGUGACUCUGUUACCCUCAGAUGUUAUGGAGUUCUUCAAGAAUGUCUUCACAAAACUGAAGAAGGAACGGGAAGAGGGCAGCAGCACAGACCGGGUGGAUUUCCUGCAGCUCAUGAUUGAAUCACAGAACUCACAUGAUGGCUCCAAGUCUGCUGAGACCAGCUCGGACAAAACAUUAAGUGAUGAGGAGGUUCUGGCCCAGGCUCUUAUCUUUGUCUUCGCUGGUUAUGAGACCACCAGCUCCACCCUCAGCUACAUAGCCUACAACCUGGCCGUUCACCCUGAUGUGCAGCAGCGGCUCCAGGACGAGGUGGAUGCACACCUCCCCAACAAGGCCACUCCCACGUACAACGCCAUCACUCAGAUGGAGUAUUUGGAUAUGGUGGUGAGCGAAUCCAUCCGGCUCUACCCCGCCGGGGGCCGGCUCGAGAGGGUCUGCAAGAAGACUGUGGAGCUCAAUGGAGUGACUAUUCCGAAGGGAGUGGUGGUCGUGAUCCCAGCCUUCGUGCUGCACAGGGACCCGCAGUACUGGCCAGAGCCGGAAGAGUUCAGGCCUGAGAGGUUCAGUAAAGAGAACAAAGAGAAUAUUGACCCCUACACCUUCCUGCCAUUCGGGGCUGGCCCCAGGAACUGCAUAGGCAUGAGAUUUGCUCUCCUCGUUGUGAAAGUGGCUGUGGUUGUCCUGUUGCAGAACUUCUCAUUCAGACCCUGCAAAGACACACCGAUCCCGCUGGUCCUGGACUCGAAAGGUUUCAUGCAGCCAAAGAAGCCCAUUGUCCUGAAGAUGGUCCCCAGAGCCCAGGCUGACCUGAAGGAGUGAAGGAAGCAGGAGCAGAGCAAGAGACUCUUAUUUAAUGGUGCCUCCUCCAGCUCUUGAGGAGGCCAGGUUAAUGUGUUCGGUGUAGGAAUGUCAGGGGGGCAGCCCCCCCAUUUCAUGGGGGUUUGGCCCAGCACAAUUACAUGAGCAUUAUCCUAAUGAACACGAGCCCCAGGUGCUGCUGUCCCCAAUCACAAUAGGCAUUUUGCAAGACCAUUUGCACUCGAGUUAUUUGGGCAUUUUUUUUCUCUCUCUCUGAAGAGGCACUUUUCUAAGCAAUUUGAUUCCAGACAUUGUCAGUCUCUUCUGGCAGUGUAAUUUAAAUCAAGAUGGGGAGAGCAAAUUGCACAUAGUUAAGUAAUGCUGCCACUGCUCCUGUUCCCGUUGCCUGCUGGGUGACUGUGUGUCUUGUGGUUUUAUUCUCCUGGGAAUGCAGAGUUGUCCAGGGCUCUUUCCUCAGCUCUGUGCCAGGACCCUGACAAGUGUUAAAAUGGUCAUGUCAUUACAGGACUGAAAGCUUGCAGCAGAUUUUCUGAUGCUGAUUUAUUUAGAUUUUGGUAUGAUUUCAGAUGGCUUUUGUGUGAUUCCAAGUGCAGAUGAAUUAACUGGGGGUGCCCAGAGAGAAGUCCCCUAAGGACUGGAGAUUUGCAGAGUGGGAAGUUCCCACAUGUGUUUCCUGAUUGUUUGCUUAUUUUAUCUUGGGCAUGCAGCCAGCUGCCAUGGGAGGGAUUGUCAACACAGGCACCAUCCACACUGCUGUAUGGCACCUUUCAGUCUGAUUUGUAUUAGGCCACUAUAAGACCAACUUAAUAAUUAUGCAGGGUGCAGCACUGAGAGCCUUCAGAUGUCCUGGGCAACCCUGUCUGGAAGAAAGGUGCCUUUGCCUAUUGAGUGCUUCAAAAUCUUGCCAAACUUUGUAAUUUUUGUGAAGUCUAGAAUUUCACAUUAUUCCUCCAAAAACUGCUGCUGGCAUGCUAACUGCAAUAAAAAGUUCACUUGCCUCUUCUGUGCCCAGCUGCUGCCAGUCUCUGCUGCUGUACUUUCUCCACACACAAGCGACUCCACCUGUAGAUCUCAUAAGCCUUUGGCCAGGUGAUGAAAACUCCUUUUAUCCUGGAUGAAUCCCUGUGGGUACCAUAAAUCCUGAGAGCUGCUCCUGGAAGUACAACAGCCCAGAAGGAAUGGCUGAGCCACUGAGAGUGUGAAGUGAUUCCUAUUGCAAAAGGAACUUUAUUCACUAC